AUGUUGGUUGAGCUUGUUGAAGGAUCAUCCUACCUUGGUCAACCACUCCUAUUCUCCAUAACUACAUUGAUUUGGAUCGAGGUGCUUGUUAUCGGGUACAUCGAGUUCCAGAGGAAUUCGGAGCUUGACCCGGAAAAGAGGCUCUAUCCGGGCGGGUCGUACUUCGACCCGUUGGGCCUGGCUGCGGAUCCUGAGAAGAAGGCCAUGCUACAGCUGGCUGAGAUUAAGCAUGCCCGUCUUGCUAUGGUUGCCUUUUUGGGCUUUGUAGUCCAAGCAGCGGCUACUGGUAAAGGCCCACUUAACAAUUGGGCUACCCACUUGAGUGACCCGCUCCAGACGACCAUCCUUGACACAUUCGGCUUUUUCUCUUGA